AUGGACGCGUUUGUGUCCCGCAAGAGGAAGCGGAUUGAGCCAGAGCCAGAGCCUAAGCCGGCGACUGGAGCGACUCGCAUCUUGGAGCAUGAACCGGGUACGCAGCAUGAAGAAGAGCCUACCGAGUUCAAGCUGGCAUUGCUGGCCUCUCUUCACCCGAACCUGGAUGAAGCAACACUGCUCGAAACUCUGCUGGCUGCCGAUGGAUCGGUUGAGCAAGCCUCGGACUAUCUGAACCAGCCUCGGACUACAUCUCCAAGGAAACGCUCCACCCCAGCCACAGUCGGUUAUCAAUCAUCGUUGAGCUCCUAUCGUAUUACUCCGCUUGACGGUAACCCGGCAAAGAAAUCGUCUGCUGUCAAGAAAGGCAGGACACUGUCCCUGUACAGCCCAGAAGACAUUGAGGCCCAUACACCCUGCUCUAUCAUCCACAACUUCCUCCCACCAAAGCAAGCAGAUGCCUUGCUAUCACAGCUCUUGGAAGAAACGCCUACGUACAAGACCCUGGAAUUCAAACUUUUCGAUAGAGUAGUCGUCACCCGUAGCACCUUUGCUUUCUAUGUCAACAGCCUAGAAGAAGCAGAAGAGCAAAAGACCGAGUACGUCUAUGAUGGUCGCAAGAUCGAGGCAAAGAUGCUAAAGGCUUGCCCCCAAGUCGAAGAAGCAGUUCAUGGCGAGGUCCAGCGUCGGAUACGCGACUUCUAUCCCAAUAGCAAGAAGCUCAAAUACCAAUCGCCUCACCCAUGGAAAGCUAACACCGCCUUUGUCAACUGCUACGACGGUCCGCAACAAAGUGUCGGAUACCAUGCCGACCAACUCACAUAUCUUGGUCCCCGUGCAGUAAUCGGCAGUCUGAGCUUAGGAGUAGCCCGGGAAUUCCGUGUUCGCAAGAUCGUCGCGGAAGAUGACGAGCACCAGAAAGCAGACGGUUCACUCGCAGAUGCACAGGGUCAAAUCAGCAUACAUCUGCCACAUAACUCGCUCUUGGUCAUGCACGCCGAGAUGCAGGAGGAGUGGAAGCAUUGCAUCGCUCCGGCUCAGACUAUUGAUCCACAUCCACUUGCGAAGAAUAAGCGGCUUAAUAUCACUUACCGAUUCUACAAGGAAAGCUUACAUCCUAGAUAUACGCCCAAGUGCCGGUGUGGUGUAUCUACAGUGCUCAGGUGCGCGACAAGGAAGAAGGAGUCGAGAGGAAGGUACAUGUGGAUGUGUCAUGCUGGAUAUGUUCCUGGUAAGAAGGGAUGCAGCUUCUUCCAAUGGGCUGAGUUUGAUGAUGAUGGGGAGCCACCCUGGGCUUCUAAGAUCGAUGAAGCAGGUACGGUGUUGAGGGAACAGAAGGGCGUGGAAGGGGCUGCAGGGCAACCAAGCAACCAAACAUGA